CAAUGUAAUGUUGCUUGCUUUUUUCUAAGCCCCGCUCUUCCUUUUGAAAAUGAAAACACACACAUAUCUAUAUUAUAUACACUUAUCGCUUUACAGUCAUUCUUGUCUUGCUAUUUUAAACACAGCACCUAUCAGGCAUGAUUACUCGGCUUAUGGUAAACUCCUAUAUGGUAACUUUAAAUAUAGAUUUAAAUAUAGUCUAUGCCAUAUAGGAAAAAAACGAAAAGAAUUUAAAAUCUGAACCCUAGAAAGUCACAAAAACUAAUUCUCCACUUAAAAAACGUUUUGAUUUGCUUAUCUAUCAAAAUUGCACCAAUAAACGAUAAAUCGCUGAUAGGCCGGGUUUUCCCCAUAAACGAAAUAUUGCAUUGUGACGUCACAGUGCCCGCGAGUGACGUUUUUUACAACUUUGAAAUUUGAUUUUUUUAAACGUUCAUAACUUUUAAAUUAAAGCGAAUUUUCACAAACUAGCUGUUGAUUAAGCAUCAGUAGACAUAAAACUUUGUUCCUAUGCAAAAAACUGCGCAACCAUGAGAACCGUGAGCCGGACUCUUUAAGUUUUAAUGGGACAAGUAAACUUAUCUAUUCACUUGUCCUAUAGAACGGGCACUUAAAACAAGUUAACUUAAGCACUUAAAACAAGUUAAGUUAAGAGCCAAUAAGCCAUGUGUGGUUUUGUGGUAAUUAUUCCUUGCCUAAUACAUAACUUGUUGCUCAAAUUCACAGACUACCCUGAUGGUUGCACAACAUUAAAUGGCAGACAUACCGUGGAAUGCUUGAACAACUUGUGGAAAAGGGUUGGAUGUGUUGAAGUCGGUGAUAAAUAUCCUGAGAAACAAUCAUCUGCAAUCUUGUACACAAUGAAGAACACUGCUCUAACAUCUCUUGAAACUGACAUGAAAUCAUCAAAAACAUCAGCGGAUACGGGUUCAAAACCAGAACAACUUAACUGCUAUGGAAUUGGGCUUCCUGAUAAUUGUUUAAGUUUCUAUGGUCCUUACUCAAUUGAGUGUCUUAAUUCAAUAUGGAAUAUCCGAGGUUGUUUGAACAAAGGUACCAAGGCUCCCUCAAAACUAAAUCCAAGUGAAAAAAAUUCCCUAGAUGCUUUAAACUUAAAGGCUUUAGAUCAGCAUAUGCUUGAAUACAGAACAGAGGCAGAUUCAGGGAAUAGUCAGAAACAAACGGAAUGCUUUGGAAUUGUGUUCUACGAAAACUGUGCAACAUUCUACGGGCCACAUUCCAUGGAAUGCCUUAUCAGUACAUGGGAAAAUGUGGGUUGCAGAGUCAAUGGAGUGAAAUAUCCACCUAAGCUUAAGGAGUUUGAACUUGAACCACUUGUUGACAUGACCUUGGUAGAGAUGGAUGCUGCAAUGAAGGUGUCAAAAAUUAUGGCAGAUCAAGGGGAAGAACAGCAUCAGUUGAAUUGCUAUGGGUUAGCAUUUCCGGAAAACUGCCCCAUAUACAAUGGACCUCACAGUGUGGAUUGUCUUACAACUAUCUGGAACGAAAAAGGUUGUAGAAACGACGGAACACAUGCUCCUGUUAAAUUGCCAACCUCUGAACAAGAUGUACUGGUUGCAUACAACCUCAACCAGUUACUUGAUUAUGUUAUCAACAAAAAAAGCUUAGCUGACUCUGGAGAUAAUGUUGGGCAGUUAGAGUGCUUUGGGACAGUAUUUCCUGAUGGCUGCACAACAUACAAUGGACCACACACAAUGGAAUGCCUCAUUGGAGUUUGGAAGCAUGUAGAUUGUAAGGAUCGAGGUGAGGAGUAUCCACCUAAACUAUCCACAGCUGAAGCAGAUACCUUGAAAUACUUAAGCCUGCCGAUGUUGAUUGAGAAUCGACAGGCUGUUAAAACAGCAGCUGAUGGUGGAGAUGCAACUCAGCAAACUAAUUGCUAUGGUGUAGUGUUCGACGGCAGCUGUACAUCUUUUACUGGACCACACAGUGUGGAAUGCCUCACAGGCAUCUGGGAGUCGAAAGGUUGUUUAAGUGAAGGAACAAAAGCUCCAGUUAAACUAAGAAAUAGUGAAAGAAAUGCAUUGGAUUUGCUCAAUUUAAAGACAGUUGAAGUUAAUUUUGAAACAGUUCGAACUGAAGCUGAUGGUGGCGAUGCAGAUAAAGUAUUGGAAUGUUAUGGAAUUGUUUAUCCCGAGAAUUGUAAUUCAUAUCGCGGACCUCAUUCUAUUGAUUGUCUCAUAACAAUCUGGGAAGAAGUGGAUUGCAAAGUCAAAGGUCAAAGAUAUCCUGGUGAUCUUUCAUCUUCAGCUUAUAAUGCUGUGAAAAAUACAGAUUUGCGGUCUGUAAGGGAAGACAUGGAAGAAACAAAGUCAUCAGCUGAUAGAGGAAAUGAUGAUAAUCAGAUGAGCUGUUAUGGAUUAGUUUUUCCCGAAAAUUGUGAAACAUACUAUGGGCCACAUAGUCUUUAUUGUCUCACAACUAUCUGGGAAUCAAAAGGUUGUUUAAGUGAAGGAUCAAAGGCUCCAGAUAAACUAAACAAAGCUGACAUAAAAGCAUUCAACUUAAUGAAUGUUGAUGAAGUAGUUGAUCACAUAGAAACAAUAAAAAGUGAAGCUGAUGGAGGAAAUGUUAUCAAGGGAGAAGAAUGUUAUGGGGGAGUUUUCCCUGAAAACUGUGAAACGUUCAACGGACCUCAUUCUAUUGAUUGUCUCAUAACAAUCUGGAAAGAAGCGGGUUGCGAUGUCAAUGGUUUUAGAUAUCCAAACAAUCUUGCAAUUACAGAUGCCGAUAAUUUGAAAAAUAUGGAUUUAACAGCUUUAAAAGAAAAUAUGGAAGGUGUGAAGUCAGCAGCUGAUAAUGGAAAUGAUGAUCAGCGAUUAAAUUGCUAUGGAAUUGUGUUUCCCGAAAAUUGUGACGGGUUUUAUGGUCCACACAGUAUGGAAUGCCUUACCACUAUCUGGGAAUCAAAAGGUUGUUUAGGUGAAGGAACAAAAGCUCCAGUUAAACUAACACCAAGUGAAAAACAAUCUUUAGACUUGUUAAAUUUAAUUGAUGUUGGAAAUGAUUUUGAAACUUUGCGAAUUGGAGCAGAUGGUGGUGAUAAAGAUAAAGGAUUGAAAUGCUAUGGAAUUGAUUUUCCUGAAAAUUGUAACUCAUAUAACGGACCUCACUCCAUUAAUUGUCUCAUCACAAUCUGGGAAGAAGUGGGUUGCAAGUUCAAGGGUCUUAGAUAUCCUGGAGUUCUAACAAAUGCAGACGCAAACACUUUGAAAAACAUGAAUUUAAGAGAUGUAAGAGCCAACAUGGAAGGUGUAAAAUCGGCAGCUGAUGGUGGAAAUGCAGAUCAACAAUUAAACUGUUAUGGCAUUGCAAUUCCCAAUACUUGUGACUCUCACAAUGGACCACACAGUGUGGAAUGUCUUACAACUAUCUGGGAAUCAAAAGGUUGUUUAAGUGAAGGAACAAAAGCUCCAGAUAAACUCAACACAGCUGAAAAAGAAGCAUUGGACUUGCUUAAUUUAGAUGAUGUUGGACAUAAUUUUGAAACUUUGCGAAUUGAAGCUGAUGGUGGUGAUAAAGAUAAAGGAUUGGAAUGUUAUGGACUUGUUUAUCCUGACAAUUGUAAUUCAUAUAACGGACCCCACACUGUUGGUUGUCUUACUACAAUCUGGAAUGAGGUUGGUUGCAAAGUCGAAGGUCUUAGAUAUCCCGGCGUUCUAACAAGUGCAGAUGUCGAUGCUUUAAAAAUCCUUAGUUUAAGAGAUGUAAGAGCAAACAUGGAAGGUGUGAAAUCAGCAGCUGAUAAUGGAAAUGAUAAUCAUCAGCUGAAUUGUUAUGGAACAGUGUUUCCCAAUAAUUGUGCCUCGCAUGACGGACCACAUAGUGUGGAAUGCCUUACUACUAUCUGGGAAUCAAAGGGUUGUUCAAGUGAAGGAACAAAAGCUCCAAUUAAACUAGACUCGGCUGAGAAAGGAGCUUUGGAUUUGCUUAAUUUAGAGUAAGUCUGUAUUUGCUUUGUCUUGGUA